AAAUAACUUKAUAUUGUUAGUUGCAUUUAUGUAAAAUGUAUUCAAUUAACAGGAGUUAAGAUAAUUAAAACUGUUGCUAAAAGCAAAAUUAAGAAAUGUUUGCUUAAAAGCUAAAAUAAGAUAGCUUUGAGCUAUAAUAUCAAAAUGGUAGCUCAAAGCUAAACGGCUUAAGCUAAAAGGUAAAAUCUGCUAUAGCUGUUUAAGAUCCAAAACUACAAAUGGUAGUUAAAAUCAAAAAUGAGUAAACACUGGCUAAAAUAAACUGAAUCAUAGCUGAAAGCUAAAAUUACCAACUCCAUUGCUAAAAUACAUAAAAAAAAAAACAGUUGCUAAAAAAGGCAUAUGAAGACAAUUACAGCAAAGAUACUGAAGUAGUUUUUAGAGAAUAAUGUUUUUGAAAAAAYUGAAGCAAUGCCCAUGUAAUCUUUUGGGGGAUUUAUUUGUAAAAUAAAAAGUGGUGAAGUUACAAAUAAAAAUCAUAGCUCAUUAAUCCUGGCUGAGAUGAAAUAUUGAAUGAGUAAAAUAACACAAAGUGCAGAAUUAUUUUGUUUGCAAAGUAAACACCAGAAACUAUAAGCAAGAAAACAAUAGUGAUGAGUCAUUGUUGCUGACUCAGUUAUUACUCAUUUAUUUUGUUUAGAGUUUAACUUGUACAUCAGUUUCCAUCCCUGCCUCCAACAGAAGAUGGCAGUCUUGCGGUUUUUACUGCAGAUUAAAAUCUGCUGACGUGUCCUCUUUAGAAAGUCAUAAAAAAAACAAGUGCAAACGACAUCAAAAUUACUUUUCACUCAAAAUCAAAAUUAUUCCUUUUACAUGAAAACUAAUCACCUGAUACAAUAAAAGUCAGACUUGAAAUCGGGUUACUUUUGUUGUUCCACGACUCAUGCUGCCAUGAAAACAGAGAUWGUUUUGUUUUUGCUUUAUGUUGGCCUAUUUGCUUCUGAAGGGAACCAAAUAUCCUAGAGUACAAACUAAAACAAGUAAUUAUUUAUUUGCCUUAAAACGUGCAGUUAUGUUUUAUACCUUACAAGGGGCUUCUGCUGCAUUCAGAGGCAGUUUGUAAAUGUCCCCUUCUUACUUUUGUUAUCUUAAAACCAUAAUUUUAAACUAAGUAUGUGAUGCAGUGAAAAUCCUAAAUGUAGCGUAUUGUGCGGAGGUAAGGUCUAUAAAAUCAUGUUGUGUUUUUUUUUCUUUUAAUUUACAGCAAUCACUGUUCAUCAAAAUAUUGUCUUGAAAACAAAAUCCUAGCAUUGAAACAACCCACUUACGUUAAAAGUGAGUGAGUUUUAUGUGUGUCCUUUAUUUAAUUGAGAAACAAUGCCAAUAUGGGUUUAUUUUGGCGACGUUAUAACAACCGUCAAUACUAGUAAUAUAAAUUUCCGAGCCGUUUUUAUAGCACUUGAAUGCAUCAUCCCGCAGCAGGCGGCGACUUUGUGUGCGUCUCUAAUCAGACUGAGUGGAUUUAAGAGCAGCAGGUUUCAGUCACGGUCUCAGGUGCAGGAGGGUUGUUAGGAAUGAGUUUCAACACUAAAUACUUUUAUUAACAUGUGUGAACUGCUGUGGACUCUUUUACAGCAUGUGCAUUAAAAGAUAAACACUACCACUACAGUAAACACUGGAUAUUAAAGGAGCUGAAUGGCCUCGGUGGCAACCGUGAAAACUGAGAAGCGACCUGCAGCUGAUUCUCAGGAUGCAGAUUCAAAUGCCAAAAAGCCCAGGAAACUGCUGCCCAGCCUGAAGACGAAGCGAGCCCCUGAGCUCGUGCUGGUGAUCGGGACGGGAGUGAGCUCUGCGGUGGCCCCGCAGGUUCCUGCUCUCCGCUCCUGGAAGGGCCUCAUCCAGGCCUUGCUCGAUGCUGCCAACGACUUCGACCUGCUGGAGGAGGAGGAAAAUCGACGUUUCCAGAAGCACAUGAGAGAAGAUAAGAAUUUGGUGCACGUGGCCCAUGACCUCAUUCAGAAACUUUCCCCGAGGACUGGAAAUGUGCGAUCCACGUUCUUCAAAGACUGCCUGUACGAAGUGUUCGACGACUUGGAGUGCAAGAUGGAGCACGCAGGAAAACACCUCUUGCGCUCAGUCCUGCAGCUGAUGGAGAGCGGGGCUCUGGUCCUCACCACCAACUUUGAUAACCUGCUGGAGAUCUACGCAGCCCACCAGGACACCAAACUGGAGUCUUUAGACCUGACAGAUGAAAAGAAGGUGCUGGAGUGGGCUCAGGAGAAACGGAGGUUAAGUGUUCUGCACAUCCACGGUGUUUACACCAACCCCAGUGGUAUUGUGCUGCACCCUGCUGGCUACCAGAAUGUCCUGAGGAACACCGAGGUCAUGCGUGAGAUCCAGAAGCUGUACGAGACCAAGUCCUUCGUGUUCCUCGGCUGCGGGCGCACAGUAGACGACACAACCUUCCARGCCUUGUUCCUGGAGGCAGUCAAACACAAGUCCGACCUGGAACACUUCAUGCUCGUGCGUCGGGAAGACGUGGGCGAGUUCAAGAAGCUGCGAGACAACAUGCUGGACAAGGGCAUCAAGGUCAUCUCUUAUGGAGACGAGUACGCCGACCUGCCCGAGUAYUUUGAGCGGCUGGCCAAUGAGAUCUGUAACAGAGAUACAGCUCCAAACAGCUGGGGGUCUCCAUCCCAAAGUGUGGAGGAACAGCUGAAUGGCUUCAACACACAGAAAAGCCUCCUUCAAGGUUAGGCUUCUCUAUUGAGGAGCAGCCGUUUGCAAAAAGACUUUCAGAAUAACAACAAAAAAAAAAAAAUCACACAAGACUCGUGUCUUUAAUGCUGGUAGAUAGUGAACUGAAGCAUGUUCUCAACUUUCUUUGUGCUGUCAAUAAAUCAAUUUGCUGGGA